AUGCAAGUAGCCCUGAGAAUAUAUAUUGAAGGGUGGUGGACUCGGGGGCUCUUGCACUAUCUUUGUGAGGAUAAGAACAGCUACAGCGACAGCAGCAGGAGGGUCUCAUCGCUGCUGAGGCAGGAAGAGAGCAGACGGAGAAGUCGAGUCCCGGGCCUGAAAGCCUCUUCGCCGCCCUCCGGCUUCCCGACCUCCAGACGAGCCAAUGGGAGGAAGGAAGCCACAGGCCAGCCGGCUCCGGGUCCUCCGCGGGAGGCGUCCCCAGGCAGCCUCUCUAUCGUACCGGUUUGCCACCGUCGAAAGAGGGGAGUGGUGCAUCACGGGAAACGGCGGUUGGAGGCGAACCAGAGGUGUUGUGGGUAA